AUGUCGAUACAUGCUCUCCCACAGACGGCUGUUCGCACCAUACGAUCUGGCCAGGCCUUGACAGAUCCUGUCUCUGUUGUCAAAGAACUUAUCGAUAACGCCCUCGACGCGCGAGCAUCUAAUAUCACUAUCGAGAUCUCGGCCAAUACACUCGACGUGAUCCAGGUUAAAGACAAUGGCCAUGGGAUUGCUCCCACCGAUAGACCACUUGUAGCCAAGCCUUACUGCACGAGCAAACUCAAGGAUGAANAAGAUCUUGCCCUCGUAGGUUCCACCUAUCUCGGCUUUCGAGGUGAAGCCUUGAGCAGUGCAUUGGAGAUGAGUGGUGAAUUGACCAUCACUACAAGAGUUGAAGGCGAGAGUAUUGCUACUGCUAUCAAGAUAUGUCAGACCGGCGAUCCAGUCCAGGACCGUGCCACUCAUCCACCCGGAACCACAGUUCGCAUAGCCAACUUUNUGAAGAACCAACCAGUCCGCAAGCAAGUCACUCUGAGAGCCGCACCCAAGACCUUGACAAAGAUCAAGCAGUUAUUGCAGUCGUAUGCCUUCGCCAGACCAGCCACUAGGCUAUCAUUGAAGGUCAUAAAGGCCAAGAACGACAAGGACAACUGGACCUAUGCACCCAAGAUCGGCAGCGGAAUCGAGGAUACAGCUUUCAAGGUUGUAGGAAAGCCUUGUGCUUCUCAAUGUACUUGGGCUGAGCUGGAGUACGAAGGCUUCACGAUACGAGCAUUUCUUCCACGCUCUGAUGCACAUGCCCCGAAAAUCAGUGGCUUGGGACAGUACGUCUCGGUUAACGAUCGACCUCUCACCUCGUCCCGAGGCAUAUCCAGACAGCUUGUCAAAAUCUACAAGGAAAGCCUAAAAGAAUCUUCACCGCUAGGAGAUGCCAAAGACCCCUUUCUAUAUUUGUCGCUUUCUUGUCCGCCUGGCAGCUACGAUGCCAACAUCGAGCCAGCAAAAGAUGAUGUUCUAUUUGGCGACGUCGACAAAGUUGUGGAGGUUGUCAGAAGAUUGAUGUUGAUAACAUAUCCAGAGAAGGAUGAACCUGGAGAACCCAUGGCUACUGAUGAGCCCACUGGCAAAACCCGCGAGUAUUUUACGACGCCAGCACCUGGAUCAAGGUCAAGCAGAAUCGAGCUAAAGAGCAAUAUGUAUGAUCUUGAUGAGGACGAUCUCACUCUAUUCAUGGAUUCGGUAGAUCAGCCCAGGGAUGAGGCCACCGAGGAAGACGAGCAACCAGACUCGAUCAGAAGUGCCGCAGUGUCAAACCCUUGGGUGACUGCCAAGAUGAACGCCUACAGUAACAAGAGGAACAACCUUAAUAUACAGCUCUUGACUCCGGCCAAACAAGCGUCAAGUUCUACACCCGAAGCAAGUUCACCUGCUUUCGAAGCACGUCGCCCACAGCAAGACACACCCGCAUUACCAACACCUAGACAGUCAUCACCCAUGUUCGCUGCAUCAGAAGAACCCGAGAGUGUUGGUCCUCACCGGAUCAUAGGUCCGUUUAGUCUUCCUCCUCCAAUAUACCACAUGUCGCCAAUGCGAAACAGCGUUGAAGCUUCCGAAUUCUCUCCAGCGCCUAGUCGUAUGAUUCUACCUCUUCAACACCCCUCAGAAGGCACCCCGCUGGAUAUGAUACCGGAAGCGGCACCGAGAAGACGGAGUCCACCGAAACAGCAGCAACGCCAGUUUGUAAACAGGCCCUUCGUAUCACCAGUCGACCCUGAACGUGACGCGUGGUUUCACUUUCCGGACUCGCAAACGUCGAGGCAGUUUGCACGCAAAGGACGAUCCCAACAGCAAAAUGGCACGGGCUUGGUUCCAAGUGGAGAACCACAUUCUUCAAGUGCUACACCUCCUCCCAACAAUAAAGACAUUCGCGAUUUCCUUGGGCGAGGACGAGAACAGCAGUCCACUACUCCAGCAGCCGAUGUUCCAGCAAAACUAGACGUCGAAAACGUGUCACCGAUUGCGAGCCGUCGUGAGACACAGCCUAAGGGGUUCGUCAAGGCUAGUGAACUUGACCUCGCCAGCACACAAUUUAUCGAGNCCGACACGGCCAGCCCCAGCACCAGCACCAAAACCUAG